CAUUUUGUGGGGUUAUAAUGCUGCACUUGGGGAUUAAAUCUAGUAAUUUGUUAGUGGAGAUGCUAGUGCAUGGUUGGAACUACCUGUCUAUAUAUGCUAAAUCUGUAUCUGUAGACUGAAAAAAACCGAGGGCAUAAUGAGCUAGAGGCCCGUAGAAUGAUACGGAUUUUGGCAUAUGAUCAUUUUCAGAAGGCUUACUGAAAACAUGGAUUCACAGGCUUGACUAGUACCUGCAAUACAGUUGAACAGUGUCUGUGUUUAGAAAUGCUUUCAGACCUUUUUCUGUAAGAGAAAACAGCAAUGACCUUCUUAAGAGCACGUAACUAGUAACCUGCCACUAAUCUUAAGCAGUCGUGAGAAGAAAACGUGUCAUACAGUGAUUAUGGCAAUUUUCAAUUUGGUCAAGAGGCUGGAGAGGGCAGCUACUUCAGUGACAGGUCAUUAGAAGCAAAAAUGCAGUUGGGUCUUUGUCUCCUGAACACCUUUCCACUGUGCAAAGCAAAGUGUGGGGAAGUCGUGGUUUGCACCCCAUUCCUUAUAUGAAAUACUAGUCUAACAGACAGUACUGUGGGCUGAGAAGGGGAUGGCACAGACACAAGGCAAGGUUUUUUUAAUUGUCCCUUCUCCUUAGAAAGAAAAGCAUGAUUUAGGAACAACUAAUGUGUGGAAGAUUGUCUUCGAGAAGAGAAAAAAAAAAUUAUUCAGCCCUAAAUGCUGGAUGGAAGACUCCCUAUCUGGGGCCCAUUGGCUGCACACCCGUACACUGUGUCUCUCCAUUCAGCCACGUUCAAAGGGGCGAUUUUACAGAAUCUUUGAAAGAGACAAGACUGGAAUGGAGUUGCUCCUUCUUGAACUUGAACGUGUUACAUCAUUGCAGACUGGCCUUCAACUAGCAGCUGUUAUUUGCACAAAUGGAAGAAGACACCUGAAUAUAGCAAAGGAAGGCUUCACACAAACUAGCUUGGGGCUUCUUGCUAAUCAAAGAAAGCGACAGUUGCUUAUUGGACUGCUAAAGUCUCUGAGAACAAUAAAAACACUGCAAAGAACUGAUGUACGCUUGAGUGAGAUGUUGGAGGAAGAGGACUAUCCAGGAGCUAUUCAGCUGUGCUUGGAAUGCCAGAAAGCAGCCAGCACUUUCAAACACUACAGUUGCAUAAGUGAGUUGAAUUCAAAACUGCAGGACACCUUGGAACAAAUAGAGGAACAGUUGGAUGUAGCACUCUCCAAAAUAUGCAAGAACUUUGAUAUCAGUCAUUAUACAAAGGUUCAGCAAGCUUACAGGCUACUUGGAAAAACACAGACAGCAAUGGACCAGUUACAUAUGCACUUCACUCAAGCCAUUCACAACACUGUGUUUCAAGUAGUCCUUGGAUAUGUGGAGCUGUGCGCAGGAAACACAGACACCAAGUUUCAGAAGUUACAGUACAAAGACCUCUGUACGCAUAUUACAUCAGAUAGCUACAUUCCGUGCCUUGCUGAUCUCUGCAAAGCCCUCUGGGAAGUCAUGCUCAGUUACUACCGAACAAUGCAGUGGCAUGAGAAUCAUGACCAAGAUGAGGUAGCAGCUGUGUCAUCUGUUUCAGAUGGUGGCAAUGUGAUUGGAACGGAAGAGAACAGUUUUGACCGCAGCUAUGUAAAAAAGAAAUUGGAACAUGGGCUUUCACGAAUAUGGCAGGAUGUUCAACUGAAAGUGAAAACUUAUCUUCUGGGAACAGAUCUGUCUAACUUCAAAUAUGACGACUUUAUAUUUGUACUUGAUGUUAUCAGCAGGCUGAUGCAAGUUGGAGAAGAAUUUUGUGGCAGUAAGUCUGAAGUUUUGCAAGAAUCUAUCAGGAAACAAAGUGUUAACUAUUUCAAAACAUACCACAGAACCCGUCUUGAAGAAUUAAGAAUGUUUUUGGAGAAUGAGACCUGGGAACUUUGUCCUGUUAAAUCAAGCUUUAGUAUUCUGCAGCUUCAUGAAUUUAAGUUCAUGGAGCAGUCACGUUCUCCAUCUGUGUCACCUAGUAAGCAGCCUGCUUCAGCAAUUUCAACAGCAGUAACUUUAUUUGAGCAGUACUGUAACGGAGGAAACCCAUUUGAAAUUCAGGCUGACAGCAAGGAUGAUGAGACAGAAGACGUCUUAGCUUCCAAUGGGUACGAAUCAGAUGAGCAAGAAAAAAGUGCGUAUCAAGAGUACGAUAGUGACAGUGAUGUUCCUGAAGAGUUGAAAAGAGAUUAUGUGGAUGAGCAGACGGGAGAUGCCCCUGUAAAAAGUGUUUCUCGAGAAACUCUGAGGAGCAGAAAGAGGUCAGAUUAUAACCUGAGUAAAGCGAAUGCACCUAUCCUAACAAACACUACGCUGAAUGUAAUAAGGCUUGUUGGGAAAUACAUGCAGAUGAUGAAUAUUCUGAAACCAAUUGCAUUCGAUGUGAUCCACUUCAUGUCCCAGCUCUUCGAUUAUUAUUUGUAUGCAGUCUAUACGUUUUUCGGCCGAAAUGACACGCCCAUACCGAGUUCCUCACUCUCUACCUCUAACAGAGAACAGCACAGUGCUAGGCAGUUUGAAUCAACAGGACUGGGUCUCAGUAGUAGCAGAUUACGCACCACACUGAACAGGAUCCAGGAGAGUCUGAUUGAUCUGGAGGUCUCUGGUGAUCCCACAGGAACUCUCACAGCUGCUGAAGAGAGAAAGGAGAAGGUGCCAAGCCCACAUCUCAGUCAUCUUGUAAUUUUGACAUCUGGCAAUUCGCUGUAUGGUUUGGCAGAGAGAGUGGUGGCCACGGAGUCUUUGGUAUUUCUGGCUGAGCAGUUUGAGUGUCUUCAGCCUCAUCUUGAUGCGGUGAUGCCAGCUGCCAAGAAGCCUUUUCUUCAGCAGUUCUAUUCUCAGACAGUGUCAACUGCCAGUGAACUACGUAAACCAGUUUAUUGGAUUGUUGCUGCUAAAGCCAUUGAUUAUGAACAAAUGCUGCUUCUCAUGGCUAAUGUGAAAUGGGAUGUGAAGGAAAUCAUGUCACAACACAAUAUAUAUGUAGAUGCUCUUUUAAAGGAGUUUGAAGAAUUUAACAGAAGGUUGAACGAGGUGUCUAAGAGAGUCCGUAUUCCCCUGCCAGUCUCCAACAUCCUUUGGGAGCACUGCAUACGCUUGGCCAAUAGAACUCUUGUGGAAGGUUAUGCCAAUGUAAAGAAGUGCAGCAAUGAAGGACGUGCUUUGAUGCAACUGGACUUUCAACAAUUCUUAAUGAAACUAGAGAAGUUAACAGACAUUAGACCUAUUCCAGAUAAAGAAUUUGUGGAGACCUACAUUAAAGCAUACUACCUAGCAGAAAAUGACAUGGAAGGCUGGAUAAAAGAACAUAGGGAAUAUUCCACUAAGCAGUUGACCAAUCUGGUGAAUGUCUGUCUGGGCUCCCACAUCAACAAAAAGGCAAGACAGAAGCUGCUAGCCACUAUUGAUGACAUAGACAGGCCUAAAAGAUAACUGGAGAAAGCUACUUUCCCUGUGACUUGUAUCUUUUUCUGUUCAUGUGAAGCAUGCAGACAAAUCUCUCGUGGACUAAUGACAGCAUUCUCUUAAAAAACAUUAUGCAUGACCUUUCUUACCAGCAUUGGAAACACACUCAAGUGGCAUAAUGUUCUAAAAUAUGACUUUUCUAAUCUGUAGAAUUAUUUUCUGUUGUAUUUCUUCCUUUUUUUUUUUUUUCUGUUAUAUGCCCUUACUAAAGGGCCACUUGUUUGUGUAUCAUUGGUGAGCUGUAUAUUUUGCAAAAUUGUAUACUGUAAGUAAUAUCAAAGUCAGAGAGAAAUACGUUGGCUUAAUAUAUAGAUGAUGCUCUUUUUUAAUAAAAGGGCUACUUGAAAAAAUUAUUUCUUUCCUCCCUGCUUUCACCCUCAGAAUUUGUGCUUUAUAAUGGACUAGUGUAAAAUGAAAGGAAAUGUACAAUAUUUGAUCGAUGUAUCUUGCAUGUAGAUUAAGAGUGCAGAUCAACUAAAUACUCUUAUGUUAAAGCCUCUCUUCUUCAUAUGUAUUUAAAAAUAUCUGUUUAUUUCAGAAUUAACUUAGUCAUAUAAAAAUGAUUGACUUCAGAUUAAUAGAAGGUAAUAAAUACUGUACACUAAUAUAAUUUCUUUGUGAGACUUUAUUUUCCUAAUUCAACAAUGCAAAAUGUCAUUUAUGAUAUAAAUUAGUACUGUUCCUUUCAUAGCACUUUUACCCCUCUGCCAGUCUUCCCUGUUCUAAAGCAAUAAUGCCAGGGAAUUGGAAUAAUCAGGGUUUGGGUUUUUUUCUGAAGGUUUGGGUUGAUACUAAAAUAAUCUUACUAUUUCCUGCUCAUCCUGAGCAAAGCAAAAUUGCUUGGCUGCAUUUUUGUCCUAGAAAUCAGUUUGUCAGAGCAUCACAGACUCCACUGAAGUUUUCAGGUUUGCGUUUGGUUUUCAGUAUGUAAAGUUUUAGAUUUUUAAUUUUUUUUUUUUUGGUGAUAAUUACUCUUUUCUGUAGCUUAAUUUCCUCUUCAGAAGUCAACUGAGCAUCAUUGUGUGAGUGCAGUUAAAGCCUGUAUACAGUUCUAGAAGAAUGAUAGAAUUUACAUCUUAAAUACUGAUUGUGUAGUAUUCAGCUCCCUUAUUCAUCUGUAUUUUAAAGGAAGUAAUAUUUAAACCCAAAUUUAACACCAUUCUUUAUUGACCAUGCUGUCAUGCUGAGUUCUAUAUAAAACUUGUUUAGUGGCGUGUCCAUGUAUGUGUUGGAGCUGAAUCACUUUUACCCUCAUUAAAAAGGUGGUUCAAAAAAAGAAGAGUGUACUUGAGUUUGAAAGUGUGGACUUCUGCGUCAGAUCCUGAACAAGAGUUCUCGGAUGAAAUAAAAAGGGAUCAGAGAUGAUUAGUUUGUAAUCUGUUUCAAUAGUCUUCUCCUGGAUGAAAUAAGACAUUUAAAUACCUUUACUAGAGCUUUGGUGGGCUGAACACAUGAUUAAUUUCUCCUGAACUAUUUAGGUCGCUGUAAUUUGAUUGCUUACCAAAAGGUAGGAGUAUAAGCACUGAUUGAAAUGUAGGGUCAAGGAAGGAGGUGAGCAUGAAUCAUAGUAAGGAGUAAUUUUUUGUAGUGUGUCUAUAGUUUGACUUGUUAUUUUUAAGUAAGCCCCCAAAUAAAAGAAUGUGUAAGAUGGAGUGUUAAA